AUGAGCGAAGAUGCUAUAUUUUUCCAGCUAGCUGCGGAGGCGAUAGUGGCGGCAAGCUUGAAUGCCGCGAAUUUGGACCCUACUAUCAGAGAAUUGUUAAAUAGAAUUAAAAAGGUGAGAUCGCCCAACAUACCCGUGACAUCGAGACCACCUGCAGUACAGCAACGAACAUCUCCUCCUCCUGCGCACCAAAUACCUCCUCAGAACGCUACCAUUUUAAAGUAUUUUGACCAGCUUUUGAACGACUCGAAGAGCCCGACGAACAGCGGAGAUGAUGCCGAAAAUUAUACUAGAAAGCGCAGCAAAUCGCCAGCUGGAGAUGAUGGGUCGCAGAAAGCCGAUAAAGCGAGCAAAAUAUCGCAAGGAGAUGACGAGGACGCCAGCCUCAAAAAAUAUCCUUGUGCCAAAUGCGAUCUGGUGUUCAGACGGUCCAGCGACCUACGAAGGCACGAAAGGGCGCAUUUGCCCAUUUUACCCAAUAUCUGUUCGCUGUGUGGGAAAGGUUUCGCGCGGAAAGACGCGCUGAAACGUCAUUACGACACUCUAACUUGCAAGCGCAAUAGAGAAAAACUGCUUAGUAUUGGGGGCGACAUCAACGAGAUUUUGGAAAAAGCACGCGAAAACGGCGCCAAUGUAUAG